UCCUACGGUUUCAUCUCUUGGAUUAAAACUAGCAAUAAACCGUAUCAACGCACAAAACAAACUUCACACCCUGUGUACACACGACAAGACAAAACUAUAAUAAAUCGGUGAAGAAUACAGUAUGAGACUGUGGGCAGCUGCGUCGACGGGGAGUGUUGUAUUUUGAUCGCGUCGCUCAGUGUGUAACGUUACAGUAUGUACAGGGCGCUGGAGGUCACUUCCUGAUUUACUGACUGCCGACAAUACGUCCUAACUAUUUCAAAACGCUCUGCCUCUGUUUAAAUGACAACGGUUUGCGUGCCUGAAAAGCGACGUUACCCACAAAGGUGAAAGUAGCGAUAGUUUUUGACUUUAUUUGAUGCAGACCAGCACUUCAUUCAGUCGUAGCACAGGUGGAUUGAUCGCUUCGCAUGUUUUCCUGCCACAUUUAUACUGAGGAUGUUUUAAAAUGGCGGUUGCAGCGUCACAACAGGGUCUGGAGUAAAGGCGAGGAGGUGAUGGACGCACACACAUCCCUCCACCUGCAGCAGGAACAUGGCAGAAGCAGAAGAGCUCACGUCCGGGGAAAGCAACACAAAGGGUCAAAGCAUUGAUGAUUCCCAGGUCUCAUCGUUCAGCAAAUCUUCACACAAGCAGUGUUUGCCUCUCACCCAAAACCAUGUCAACCUUCACAUGCCCUCAGACUCUCAGCUGCCGCAUGUCUCCCUCAGCUUCAAAUCAAUCCCUCCCUUCAAUAGCACAUGUGAUGAGGAUCGCAGCAGCUUGGCCUCUCAGGACUCUGGAAUCCCCACCCUUGAGAUUAACCCGCCUGAGCACAUUCAUGCUCGAGUCACCACUGUUCCACCUCCACAUGAUGAUAAUCCAGCAACACUAAACUUGGAUGUUUCAGAUAACUCCACACUCAAGUCUUCCACCUUCCCACGUUGUGACUUUGAUUUGGUCCGCCUUUAUGGUGCAAGUGGGCUCUCGAGUGCGGCAGGCAAGGGAACUUUGAACCGCAGUGAUGAAAUUUCAGUGUGCAGUGUUUCCAGUUUAAGUACUGAGUUUUCUGCCACAUUGUCAGUCAGUAAUGAGGACUUCCAAGACUUUAUGGUUACAUCCGAAUCCAGCGCCGUUGUUACAUUUGAGAAUGAAGAUGUCUUGCACCGUUGUGACAAUUCACUCUCAUCUCCUACUGACCUACACGGCAAGCUGAGCAGCCCACAACGGCAACCUGUGGGGGCCUCUACACCACAUGAGGCUAGACCCAAGAGACUGGGUCCACUUGCCAGCUUCUUCCACAAGAGUCUUUUUACUAAGACAAUGAAGGAAACGGGUGCACUGGAAGAACAGAGAGAGCCUGGCUGGAAGCUGUUUGGUAAAGUUCCACACAAAGAACUUUCAUCCAAAGACUCCAGGAAAAUACAAAAGGAAUAUGAAGGAAGGAGUGGACAAUCUAGCAGUUCCAUAUCUCCCAAGAAGAAUGUAAGAAGGAACCUGGACUUUGAGCCACUUUCAACCACAGCCCUUAUACUGGAGAACCGUCCAGCGAAUCUUCCUGCAAAGUCUGAGGAAGAAGCCCAGAAACACAGACAAGAAUAUGAGGAGAUGGUGGCUCAGGCCAAGAAGAGAGAGCUGAAAGAGGCCCAGAAACGGAAGAAACAACUAGAGGACAGGUGUAAACAUGAGGAAAGCAUUGGCAAUGCUGCUCUCACCUGGAGUCAGGAGAUUUUACCCAACUGGCAAAGCAUGUGUUCAUCCAGGCGGGUGAGGGAUUUAUGGUGGCAGGGUCUGCCACCCAGUGUGAGGGGCAAAGUCUGGAGUUUAGCGAUAGGCAAUGAACUGAACAUCACAGAUGAGCUGUAUGAUAUCUGUUUGGCAAGAGCCAAAGAAAAGUGGAAUGCCUUCGUUGCCCCAACGGCUGCUGCAGAAACAGAGAAUGAAGGUGAUUGAUUGUCUCAUGCUGAUCGAGAGGCCAGUCUUGAACUGAUCAAAUUAGACAUUUCCAGAACCUUUCCCAGUCUCUGUAUUUUUCAGCAGGGAGGCCCAUACCAUGAUGUAUUACACAGCAUUCUGGGAGCUUACACUUGCUAUCGUCCGGAUGUAGGAUAUGUGCAGGGAAUGUCCUUUAUAGCAGCAGUGUUGAUUCUCAACAUGGACACUGCUGAUGCCUUCAUUGCAUUUGCCAAUUUGUUGAACAAGCCUUGUCAAAUGGCUUUCUACAGAGUGGACCACAGCCUUAUGUUGACAUACUUUGCAGCAUUUGAAGUGUUCUUUGAAGAAAAUCUACCCAAGCUCUUUGUACACUUUAAAAAUAACAGCCUGUCCUCUGAUAUUUAUUUAAUUGACUGGAUCUUCACCUUGUACAGUAAAUCUCUCCCGCUGGACAUUGCGUGUCGAGUGUGGGAUGUGUUCUGUCGUGAUGGCGAGGAAUUUCUCUUCCGCACAGCUCUGGGGAUUCUGCGUCUUUACGAGGACAUCCUCACACACAUGGACUUCAUCCACAUCGCUCAGUUCCUGACGCGCCUGCCGGACGACAUCUCUGCUGACGAGAUCUUCUCCAGCAUAACCACCAUCAACAUGAACAGCAAGAACAAGAAAUGGGCUCAAGUUCUUCAGGCUUUGCAGAAAGGACAAGACCGGGGCAGUCCACUACUGAAACACUAAGGAUGCAUCCUCAUGUCUUCUCUUCCACCUCACAGAGACGAAGAGAGAAACUCUUGUUGACCCUGCAUACCUCUGGUACCACAUCAGAAAAUCUCAGUUCCAGUCAUACAUGUCUAGUCCCAUACAAACUGAUGCGUGGGAAUACUAACUGACCUCACAGGGCUGGAACGGAGGCAACACAUCACGUGAAUGUACACUCCCAACUCACAAUGAGUGUGGCAGUGUGUGAGUUUUUGAAGAUCUAAAUGAUUUAAUGUCUCUGUCCUUUCAUUACUUUCAACCUUCACUCUUUCUCUUCUGCUUUAUCCCUCAGCUUAAACAAGGCAUUUCCAUUCACGCAAAAUACAAUAAUAGAGAUUUUGCUGUGGUUUCUGAGAUGGAAGCAUAUUGACUUGAAAUGAGAUUGUUGACAGUCUAACUGUACUUUUUUCUUGGUGGACUCUGAGUAUCCUUCAAAAUCCUGGAAUCUCAAAUGUAGUGUUAGUUUAAAUAACUAGAAUUGCACAAGUCAUGACGAGUUUUUGUUUGCUAGGAUUCAAAGUUAGUGAAUUCCAACAUUGUUUCUAAGACCUUUUGUAUACUUUCAGUUUAAGUUUCUUUUUAAAGAACUAUUAUUUAUUAUUCCUCUUAUUCCCUGUAAUCUGUAUUUCUGUUCUCUGUAUUACAAAUGUCUUUAUUCAGAGAUUUGAGUGAACACUGUUUGUGGAAUUGUUACUGGAUUCUCGCUCCCCUUUUUUCUCUCUCUCUCAUUUAUUUAUAUAUUUUUAUAUAGGAAGUGUUAUGCCAGUCUUAAACCAAACAUGCUGAAAUACUAGCAUUUCAGUUCAUGCCUACAGAACAAGGAUUUUAGCAUAAUGUAUGUGGCUUUGACAGUUUGGUGCAGCUUGGGUCUCAUGGUGGUUGAAGUGUUGAAAAGAAGCUAGGUUGACUGUGUUCAUAGAUGGUGGUGGUUUUCUGUCAUACGGCUCAUCUCAGCAUUAUGCUUGGUGUUACAUUUUGCAGUAAAUUAUUCUUGGCGCUCAACACUUCAUCAAAUUGAGAUUAAAAUCAGACAAAAUCUUAUUAUUCAGAAUCUAUGAAAUACCAUGCAGUAAUACUUCCUAUUCUUUACUUGUUUCAUGCAAACAUGCAGUUAACUGGCCUAAAAAGUUUAGAGGAG